UUGAUUGUUUUGGAAUUUCUUGCAUUUAGAGCUUUGCUGCAGUAGUCGCCUAGCGCGAACCGGUUUGAUUUAAAAAUAAACACAGCAACACAAAUAUUUCUUUGCGAUGAUUUAAUGUAAGGAUUAUUGGUUGCGAAUAACUUUGUUGUUAUUUUAAAACUCUUUUUGGAUAAGGAAAAGUUUUAAAAAUUUUAAGAAACAAGUUUUGAAGAUUACUUGUGCUAUCAAGAAGGAAAGAAUAUUAUUUUAGUGUCUUUAUUAUUUAAAUAAAUAUGUGGGUAAAGCGGCUGAUAGUAUUAAAUAUAAUAUUGAUUCAUCUAGCGAUAUCGGAAGAUGUUGGUGAGCGAUGUAUGACAAAUGACCAAGCAUUGGAAGGCACUUGCUCUUUGCUUUCCAAGUGUGAAGCUGCUGUUAUAGCAAUAAGGAAUAAAAAGUUUCAUCAGUUUGAAAGAUGUGGCUUCAGUGGAUUUGAGGAAGUUGUGUGUUGCCCUGAAACUUCUAAUAAAUUUGGUGGAAACAUCGAGUCCAAAUCAAAAGGACAAAGGAUUGCAGAAAGAGAAUGUCAGAAAAUAUUAGCCUCAAGCAUACCUGCCUUAGACUUACAUAUAUUGGGUGGAGAAACAGCAUCGCUCGGGGAAUUUCCUCAUAUGGUCGCUCUUGGAUACGAUCGAGGUGACGGCUACGAGUUUGAUUGCGGCGGUUCGGUCUUGUCACACACUUACGUCCUAAGCGCAGCGCAUUGUAUAGAUACUUUAGACAGGAUACAACCUACAGUGAUACGUGGCGGCGUCGUGGAGAUAGGUGGCAAGACCUUCAAUCCUGAAACUGAUGAUAGAAUAGCCCAAAUAAUAAUGAACCCACGGUAUACCAGGCGUGAGAAAUACCAUGAUUUAGCAUUAUUGAGGUUGGAGAGACCUUUGCAAUUCUCAAGCAAUCUCAAUGCAGUAUGUCUUGAAACAAAUGACGAAGAUCCCAAAAUACCGCUUACUAUAACCGGCUGGGGGAAAACUAGUAACACCAGGGACACAAGAAGCAACACGUUACUGAAAGCUAACGUGACUACCGUGGCUCGCGACAAGUGUGGCGAGUCUUACACGAACUGGCGCAAGCUGCCGGACGGGAUUGCCCCCGAACAGAUGUGCGCCGGCGAUCCCGAAGGCAUCCGGGACACCUGCCAGGGUGACUCUGGCGGGCCGCUGCAGAAUACGAACGCAGAUGGCGUGAGCCGCCUGGUGGGCGUGACGUCAUUCGGGCGCGGUUGCGGCUCGCCCGUGCCCGGCGUCUACACGCGCGUCAGUCGUUACCUCGACUGGAUAGAAAGUGUCGUCUGGCCAAAUUAGAUGAUAGAUAAUAAAUAAAGUUUUUAAUUCAC